AUGGCACCGACACACGCUCGUUUCACAAAAACGACAUGCUGGACUGGUCAGAAUACCGCUUGCAUCCAGAAGAACGCAGCUGGUGCUUGGUGCUAUGUACCUAACGUUCAUCCUGAACUAGUAACGACGGCUUGCACGGGAGCUACUAGUUACACCGACGCAGACUUUGCCACCGUGCUAGAGGUCCACCUCGCUCAAGGCCUAUCCGUCGCCUACUAUAACGGCGUUGGUAAUUCUUUACUCGGUGGGGCUGAUUAUUCUGUCCCUUCCAAUCCAGGUAUCAUUCGUUUGUGUGCGUCCGGUCAAGCUGGAGAUGGGAAUUACCAAACCAUAUGCGUGAACGCUUUGGCUGAUAAUACCUUUGGUGGAAGUCCGUAUUGUCAGGUUAUUAGGGGCCAGAAGAACGUUACGGAUGGGUGUUAUUCGCCAAACGUGGUUGUUCAUAGUCCAUCUUCCAUCACAUCUUCCCCUGGUUCGGUGUCGACCUCAUCCCCGGGGUCCACCAAUUCUGGAUCAUCACUUACCUCGGCACAAGCCAACGGUGCCCAUUCGCUGAACUCAAUGUUUUAUAGCGUAUUACUGCUCUGUCUUCCAGUGAUUUUGGCCACCUCUAGAUUGAAUAUCCCAUGGCAUCCCUCUCCCAUUCCUUCGUCCAAUCACAGUCUCUACAUCACUCUUUCCUGGCCUUGGCCUUUUACGAUCCCUUUCGCACAAAAAGGCCACCUGAUCUACCUAUUGAUUUGUUCGUUCAAUCGGUCUAAGUAUAUGGGCAGGUUGAACUUGAAGGAAAAAAGAUCAUCUCCUGUGACCUCUCGACCAGAUGAGACACUUCUCAUUGGGACCGCUCCGGAGUAUACCUCUACCUCUCUGCCUUGCUUCUUCCCUUAA